CGGCUAGCCAUCUUAGUAACCUCGAUGUCUGGCUAUGAGCCGGUGAACGUCAGCGAUGGCGAGCCUUUCGACGGUCCGCGGGGUCCUGGGAGUCCUGCGAGUCCUGGAUCUGGGCGUCGACAUGAACCUAGCAUCAAGGUGAAGGUGAUGGGAAGCCUUAUGUGCUUCUGCUGUUUGAUUUUCUUGUACCUUGGUGCCGAAAUCGCGGCUUGGGCUCGCCAAGCGAGCUGUAACUUCGAAUUGGGAGACCUGGAUGUCACCUGGAACACUGUGAUUCCCAGCAAGACCAUGACGCAGAUGGACGUGGGGAUUUUCACCGUUUUGUGGCUCCAGGUGGAUGUCUAUGAUGAAAAUUCCACGAAUGCACCAAUGAUUGGUUCCUGGUCAAAUCUGGAUCUCCUCUUUGGGAUGGUCGAGAAAUAUGCCUAUGUUCAAGCGAACGGCCCAACUGUCCUGGAAGCGUGGCAACCUUGGGGCAUCUACUUUGGUCAAAGAUAUCAUGUGUGGACGUGCUCCAGCCUCAGACGAGAGUAUUAUAUUGAGGAAGACUGGUGGGCCCGACCCUGGUUUAGCUUCAACUCGCAGCAGAUCUUUAACAUUCGCGAGAUGCCCAGCGGUCGGCUCGUGGCCAAGUCCCAGCAUAGGAAGAAUGAUGCGUGGUCCUGGAACGCGCAUUGGACCGCCACAGUUGAAAGCCUUGCCGGCGAGGCGAUUGCCACCUUGAGGCAAGAGGCGAGCAACCCUCUGUGGUUCUUUGGCAACUUUCAGAAGUGGUGGGUCGACAAUGAGAGACCUGACUUACUGCCCAAUGAGGUAGUUUCUUUCCUUGCGGCUGUCUAUGACAUAGACAAAGCAAAAGAAAAUAAGAGAAAGAGCAAGAGGUGACGUGGGUACUUCGAGGAUCUUCGAG